ACGUCGUAAACCCGCUUCACUGCUGUCCUCAUCUUUCUCUCUCUCCUUUCAUACACCUUUAUCUUCCCAUUUAUCUCUCUCUUUCUUCCUCUUCCACUUCACCCCUCUUAAUCCCCCCUUCGAUCACCUCCACCUACUUCCUUUUCAUGGUUGCAAAAUGAAGUGCUUCUUCUUCAAAGACAAGUCCAAGUCCGCCCCCGAAUUGCACAAGAAGAAGAGCCCCGCCGUCAACCGCGCCGCCAACUCCACCGGCUCCGUCUCCUCCCCCAAGAGCGUCAAAGACUUGUACAGAGAGAAAGAGCACAGCUUCACUGUUUUCACCUUCCAAGACCUCAGAGAUGCCACCAACGGCUUCAAUAGAAUGUUCAAGCUCGGAGAAGGGGGUUUCGGAAGUGUCUACAAAGGAUCCAUCAUGCUUCCUAAUGCUCAAGGUCACCCAAUUCCAGUUGCUAUUAAAAGACUCAACACCCGUGGCUUCCAGGGUCAUAAAGAAUGGCUUGCUGAAGUUCAAUUUCUUGGCAUUGUCGAUCACCCAAAUUUGGUUAAGCUUUUGGGAUACUGCUCCGUGGAUGGAGAAAGAGGAAUCCAACGGUUGUUGGUGUAUGAGUUCAUGCCAAACAGGAGCUUGGAGGAUCACCUUUUCAAUAAAUCAUUACCAACGCUGCCUUGGAAAACUAGAUUGGAGAUCAUGCUUGGUGCUGCUCAAGGAUUAGCUUAUCUGCACGAGGGACUGGAGAUUCAGGUCAUCUAUCGAGAUUUCAAAUCUUCAAACGUUCUAUUGGAUCAGGAUUUCCAUCCAAAGCUCUCCGAUUUUGGUCUUGCUAGAGAAGGACCACAGGGUGAUCAGACUCAUGUAUCCACUGCGGUAGUUGGGACACAUGGAUAUGCUGCCCCAGAGUAUAUUGAAACGGGUCAUCUGAAAGUUCAGAGUGACAUGUGGAGUUUUGGUGUCGUACUGUAUGAGAUCCUCACAGGAAGAAGGACAUUGGAAAGAAACCGCCCGACAGCAGAACAAAAGCUUUUAGAUUGGGUCAAACACUACCCUGCAGACAGCAGCAGAUUCGUCAUCAUAAUGGAUCCACGUCUGAGGAAUCAGUAUUCUCUUCCAGCAGCUCGCAAAAUAGCCAAGUUGGCUGAUAGCUGCUUGAAGAAGAAUCCAGAAGAUAGACCCUCCAUGAGUCAGAUAGUGGAAAGCUUGAAGCAAGCAUUGCAAUAUUCUGAAACGCCAAACACUUCUCGUGACAUUGCUGAAUCCUCCUCAUCCAGGUCUAAAUUGGUCCGAAAAAGUAAAUAGUGAGUUUUAUUAUUUUUCUUUUUGGAGGAUCAAGCACUGGGAAAUUUAACAGUUGAUUAGAUUAUCUAGGUAUUUACCAAUUACCCCAGCGAGUGUUAUGGUCAAUCUCGGAAGUCAGUUUUGAGGAUUUUUCUUGCUGAUGUGUUUGGCACAGUCCAAACAAAACCAAGUCCUUCUUUACUUUGUCAACCGUUGGCCCUUAAUAGAAUAUAGAUCCGAUUGUAGAAAAUUUUCAAUUAAUAAAUUUAUUCUUUACUUUUAUGGGCACACAA